CGUGAAUUCAUUGAAACUUACGGCUAUUGACAGUGUUUUUCAGUAAAAACAGUGAAACACAUCCAAUGUAUUGAUUAAUCAUUGAUUAUAUUAUGAUAAUAACUCCACAUAUUUACCAUCAAUUGAAUCAAACAACACAUGAUUAGAUGGUUGGAUCAGAUGACUAAUUUAUAUAUACAUUUAUGAUAGAGUGAUUGUGUGUGAAGUGAGCUUGUUGCAUUUGUCAAUUAAACUGCAUUUGACAUACAGUCUAUUACUCACGCUUGUGAGUGACAAAUCUCUGAUUAUCUCAUCUGAAUUACAAGAUCUUAAGGGCUUCACCAGUGAUGGGAUCAUCGACUGGUGUGACUCGAGGUCAGCUGAGACCACACUUUUCGGGCCGAAGUCCACCAUUUGUUUUGGCGGCUCUAUGUGUGGGCUUAGGAAUACUUGGCGUCAGUUAUUGGAGUCUUUCGCAAGAAUACAACCAAUUGGAGGAACAGCUGAAGAAGAUUCUCAUCAGAAAAGACUCGAUUGAAAACGACUUGACUUUCAUUCAGAAACAGCUUAAUGUCAGGGAAGAGGAGUUCAGUAGAGCUCAGCAAACGCUGCAGAAGAAGGAACAGGACUUGACUUCAGCCAAGACUGACAUCAAGUCUAAAGCCGAAGAACUUCACGCAAUGCUUACUAGAAUUGAAUCCCUCAAAGACAGCGAUGACAAAUGUAAUGAGGAAUUGAACAAAAAGACCAACGAAUUGGCGGACACUUUGACUAAACUUAAAGAAAUUCAACAAAAAGAUGAUUCAAAAGACACCAACGAAUCGCUGAACCAAUUAAAAGAGGAAAACAAACGAUUAGAAACACAAUUAGAAGUCUUGAGGAAAGAGUUGUCGGAUAGGAAUGCAACGAAUAUUAGCCAUCAAAAUGACACCAAUUUUGUCACUUCUGCUGCAUUUGACAAACAAUUUCCAAACAAUGAUAUCAACGCUAUUGGCAUCGAAUCAAACAAAUCAAACCCCAGUUUAAAUAAAACGGAAACUGUUGGCAACAAAAUAGAAACAGAUUCUGAACCCAAACCCAUUGUGGCCGACAAUGGCAACGAUAGGCCAGAAGAAGCAGUGGUGUCACAACCCCUCAAAGACAAUCAAUUGCUAAGUAAUGCUUUGCCUGAAGAGGACCGCAAAGAGGAGGGUAUCGUCGAAGCUAAUGAUAAUGAAAUGGGAGACCCACUGAAAGCCGAUGUACCAAAUGAUCUCAACAAAUAUUCUGAAGAUAAACAGAAUAUCUAAGACUAUGGCAUAAAUUUAUAUCAUUUGAAAGCGUUGUUUAGUUUUUAUAAGUAUUGAAACCAUCAUAAGUCGAGUUGGC